AUGCGAAAAUACGGUGUGCUGAGGAUAUGCAAUGUUCUGCUGUUGGCACUGUGCAGUUUUGCAAGUGAAGUCUUUGACUGGACCAAAAAUGAUAUGGGAUCGUUUCAAUACGGCACGUUUCCUUCAGGAUUCUCUUGGGGCGCUGGCAGCUCAGCAUAUCAGACAGAAGGAGCAUGGGACAAAGAUGGAAAAGGAAAAAGCAUCUGGGAUAUUUUUUCCCACAAGAGAGGGAAAAUCGAUCGGAAUGACACCGGCGACUAUUCCUGCAAUGGCUAUUAUAAGAUCAAGGAUGAUAUCUCACUGAUGAAAGACAUGAAGCUGAACCACUACCUCUUCUCCAUUUCCUGGCCAAGGAUUCUGCCCAGUGGCAUUAGGACUGACUACAUCAACGAAAAAGGGAUAGAACACUAUGAUAACAUGAUUAAUAUGCUUCUGGAGAACAGGAUCACACCAAUUGUGACACUCUACCACUGGGACUUACCUCAGAUUCUAGAGGAGAAAUAUGGAGGUUGGCAAAACGCAAGUAUGAUCAGUUUCUUCAAUGAUUUUGCAAACCUUUGCUUUGAGAGAUUUGGCAGUCGAGUCAAAUACUGGAUCACCUUCAACAACCCUUGGUCUGUUGCAGUAGAGGGUUACGAGACUGGAGAACAUGCUCCUGGUCUGAAGAUGAGGGGCACUGGUGCCUAUAAUGCUGCCCACAACAUCCUUAAGGCUCAUGCUAAAGUCUGGCACACAUACGACACCCAAUGGCGAAACAAGCAGAAAGGUAUGGUGGGCAUCUCCCUGUCAGCUGACUGGGGAGAACCAGUGGACGUCACUAACCAGAGAGAUAUAGAAGCUGCCGAAAGAUAUGUUCAGUUCCACCUGGGCUGGUUUGCCACGCCACUCUUUACCGGAGACUAUCCUCAAAUAAUGAAAGACUACAUAGGCAAGAAAAGUGCCCAGCAGGGCUUGAGCGGCUCUCGUUUGCCUGCUUUCAACCCUCAUGAGAAGAGUUACAUCAGAGGCACGUGUGACUUCCUGGGCAUCAGUCACUUCACCACCCGCUACAUCACACAGAAAAACUUUCUCCCCAGCCGAGGAAACAGCUACUUCACCGACCGAGACCUGGCGGAGCUGGUGGACCCCAACUGGCCUGAUCCUGGAUCAGAGUGGCUCUACACAGUGCCAUGGGGUUUCAACCGUCUGCUGAGCUACGUAAAGACGCAGUAUGGAGAUCCCGUUAUAUAUGUGACAGGAAAUGGUGUAUCAGAGAAGAUGAUGUGCACAGAUUUGUGUGAUGAGUGGAGAAUCCAGUACUUCAGGGAUUACAUCAAUGAAAUGCUCAAAGCGGUUAAAGAUGGAGUGAAUGUGAAAGGCUACACAGCUUGGUCACUGCUCGACAAGUUUGAGUGGGAUGAGGGCUUCUCUGAAAGAUUUGGCCUUUACUAUGUGGACUUUGGGAGCAAAAAUAAGCCACGCUACCCAAAGGCAUCAGUUCAGUUCUACAAGCGCAUCAUCAGCUCCAAUGGCUUUCCCAACCAGAGAGAGAUUGAAAGCUGGAAAAGAAAGUCACUGGAAACAUGCACUUCAAGUAACCAGCUCCUUGCGGCAGAUCCAUUGAUCGGCCACAUGGAGAUGGUCACAGAGAUUGUCGUCCCCACAGUGUGCACUCUCUGCAUUCUCCUCAGUGCGAUUUUCCUCAUGUUUCUGCUGAGAACACGGCUGUAAAACAGACGCACUCACAUUUACUUUUCAUAUUGCAUGUGUCAG